AUGUCUAAAUUAGAUGCCAACUCGGGUUAUUGGCAAGUGAAACUAGAAGAAGAAAGCCAGUUAAAAGCCACAUUUAUCACUCCAUUUGGUCGGUAUUGUCCAACUCGUGCUCCGUUUGGCCUUACCUCCAUGCCCGAAACAUUUAAUGAGCGUAUAGAUGACAUGAUUGUGGGGAAAAGUGGUAUUGUUAAGAGUAUGGAUGAUUUUUUAGUUUUUGGAAAAGAAUUAUCUAAAAACAAAGUAACAUUGAAUUUAGAGAAAUGCCAAUUCAGGAAAACUGAAGUCGAGUUUUUAGGACAUAAAAUUUCAAAAGAGGGAAUUCAGCCAUUAGCAACUAAAGUGGAAGCUUUUAAGAAAUUUCCAAUACCCACAAACAUUACCGAACUCAGACGAUUUAUGGGAAUGGCUCAACAAAUAUCACGUUUCAGUGCAGAUCUUGCUAAAACUGCAGAGCCACUAAGAGACCUUUUAAGUUCGAAGAAUGAAUGGAUAUGGACAGUUGUUCAUACGAACGCUUUCAACAAUUGUAAAGAAUUAUUGUCAAUGCAACCGAUUCUUGCACAUUAUGAUGUUAAAAAGAAAACAAAAAUUAGGACAGAUGGAAGUGUUACUAAUGGUAUCAGUGUCAUACUUUAUCAAUACCAUAAUGAAUGGCGACCGGUUGAUUGUGCUUCACGUUUCCUAACAGCAACGGAAAAGAUUUAUGCACCGAUCGAGGUGGAAAUGUUAGCAGCUUCGUGGGGAAUGGAAAGAAUGGCAGUUCAUUUGUACGGAAUUUCUCAUUUUGUACUAGAAACAGAUCACAAACUGUUAAUACCAAUUUUAAAUAACAAACCACUGAAUGAAUUGUCUCCACUGAUACACAGUGUACCAGCAUCAGAGCAACGAUUAGUAAAGAUUAAAGAAGCCACUGCAAAUGAUGUCGUAUUACAAGCAGUGAUAACAGCAACUCAAACUGGAUGGCCAGAACAACGCAGAAACUGUUCAAUUGAAAUUCAACCAUACUGGGAAGGCCGUGCUAAUCUCACCUACAUUAAUGGUUUGCUACUACUUGGAGAAAGAAUCGUAGUACCAAAGGAACUGCAACGUUCUAUAUUGAUGAAAUUGCAUCAGGGACACUUGGGUACAGAGAAGUGUAAACGCAGAGCUCGUCAGACUGUUUUUUGGCCUAAAAUGAAUCGAGACAUUGAAGACUUCAUAAAGAAAUGUUCGACUUGUCAAGAAAUGCCACCAUCGAAAACCAAUGCUCCAUUAUUGCCUUACUCGUCACCAGAUAUUGCUUGGCAAAACGUUGGCACUGACCUGUUUCAAUAUGCUGGUAGAUCGUACCUUAUAGUUGCGUAUUACUACUCAUUGUGGACAGAAGUAUAUUUACUUAAUCGUCCUGAUGCUGCUUGUGUCAUUGAAGCUACCAAAUUAAUUUUUUCUCAACAUGGCAUUCCAGAAACAUUAGUCUCUGAUAAUGGGAGCCAGUAUGCAUCUUAUCAAUUCAAGAAGUUUGCAAACGAAUGGGGAUUUAACCCCAUUACUAGCAAUCCUAGAUACCCCAGAAGUAACGAUCUGGCUGAAUCAAUGGUGAAAAUUGUAAAACGUCUUAUAAAGAAAACACAAAGAUCAAAUGAAGAGUUUUACUUAGGAUUGUUAGCCAUCCGUAACACACCGUUAAGUUGCGGAAAGUCGCCUGCCCAAUUACUGAUUGGGUUCAAUCUCUCCGACACCUUACCGUCAGUUGUUCGUCACACACCAAACUUCUUCAGAAACAUGGAUAGAGAGAAAAAACAAAUGAAAACCUACCAUGACCAAAGGUGUUCUGGUACGGCCUUGAUAUUUCAACCGGGCCAAAUAGUUUCCAUUCAACAUCAGGACACUCGAGAAUGGACAAUCAAAGGGAAAAUAUUGAAUGAAGUUGCACCUCGCUCAUAUACAGUUUGA